AUGGAACAAGGUGAACUCGAGGACAACGGGGAGUACUCUCCCUCGUCGUCCACCUUUGUUAUGAAUUUGAAUACGAAUACCAACAACACCAACAACAACCUUAACAACAACAACUAUAUGAUUAAUACUACUACUCCCUUUUAUCAACACCAAUCAUCAUAUAAUAACAAACAACACCAACACCCAAGAACCUCUUCUUCUUCUUCUUCUUCAUCGUCAGCAAUGAUUGUUGAUGUCGAUCGAAUGGUCAAUAGAAUUGUCAACAAUAUAAAGACCUCUUCUUCUAAACAACAACAUCAUCACAGCAGUAGAAGUAGAAGUCGUAGUCGCAGUUACAGUCCAAAUCACUCGUCUGCAGACAGAAGUAGAAGCAGAAGCAGAAGCAGAAGUUACAGUGACAGUCGUAGUCGUAGUCGUAGUCGCAGUUACAGUCCUUAUCGUAUUAAUGGACGCGACAGUAGAAGUAGAAGUCGUAGUCCAAGCGACUGCGAUCGUUAUGACAGUCGUAGCAGAAGCAGAAGCAGAAGCACAAGUCAUGACAGUAGAGAUGACAACAACAAUCAUAAUAAUAAUAAUGGCGGAAGAAACACCUACACCAACAAAAGAGAUUACAACAACAACCAUACUCCUCGUGGUAACAACAACAACAAUGGGUAUUCUCAACCAUCAUCUAUAUUAAUCUUGAAUGGAAUACCUCCUCGUUUAUUCAACGAAGACCAAAUACACGAAUCGAUAAAGAAUAGUUUAAACGGAGGUAAAUGUGAAAAGAUUACAUUUAAGAAAUCGUUGAAUGGAGGAUGCACCGUAUUUGCAUGGUUUCCAACGAUCCAAGACGCCACUGAUUAUCUCAAAUCACACAAACAUAUCAAAAAUGGUAACGGAGAGAUCAAUCGUGGUGUUGGAAACAGUGACCUCGUGAUUGGAGAGUCACCAGUGCAAAUUGGUUACGCCUUUUUAAACAGCACAGAGUUUAGACAUUUGAAAGAACAACAACUUGUCUAUCUGCAACAAGACUGGAUGUGCGAGAAUUGCAACAAGUCCAACUUUUCAUGGCGUGAGAAAUGCUUUCAUUGCAACGAAUCGAUUGCAGAGUACCCACGCAGAAUCGCAUCAGCUCCAGGUGUCAAAGAUGAUGAUGAUGUUCCAACUACAAGUCUUAUCAUCAGAGAUUUGGAAUCUAAUCUUACAACUGAAGAUAUGUUACAUUUUGCAUUCAAUUCACUUGGUGGCAAUCCACCGAAAACCAUUCGCUUAAUCAAGAAAAAAGAUCAUAACAAAUGCAUUGCCUUUGUAGAAUAUUCUACCGUUCAAGAUUCUAUAUUUGCAUUCUCGAAUAUUAAAAGUUUGGUUGUUUUAAACAAUCAAAACUAUCGUGUAAAUUAUUGUAAGAGUGAAGUUCAUCCUACUCACAAUAAUAAUCACCAUAACAAUAAUAAUAAUAAUGUAGCGAAUAACAAUAACAACAACAACCACAAAGUAUCUUUGGCCAACAAGUAUACAAUGUGGAGUAAUGCCUAUUCGCAGCAGCCUCAAAAGCAACAACAACAACAACAACAGGCUCCUGAAGGAUUUGUUAUUGAACCAACCACUGGAUUCUAUUACAAUGCUACAAGUGGAUAUUUUUUCGAUGUCGUCAAGAGAGUUUACUUUUACUACGAUACCACCACUCAAUCUUACAAGUGCUACGAACAGACCACCAACAACUAUGUACCAUUCCAACCGUCCAACCCCGUCACUUUGAUUGGGUCCUCCUCCUCUGCCACCACCACACCCAAACCCGCCACAUCAUUACCCACCACUGAUAAAAAGAAACCUGGUUCUGGUGCACCACUGACUCGUGUCACUCCCUCUCUUUCACGUAAAAAGAUGGACAGUGAAAUUGAAAGAUGGAACCAAAAAGGUAGAAUACUUAAAGAAGCCUUUGAAACGGAUGAAACAUUGUUAAAGUAUCAGUCCCAGUUGCUCCCAAAGUCUGGGUCAUACUCAUCGGUUGAAUACUCGAUCCAACAACAACUUUUACAAAAUAGAGUCACUCAACAACAAAAUGAAUUGAAUCAACUAGAUCAUGAAUACGAUGAAGAAACUAUCAAUUAUAAUGAAUACAAUGAUGAAACAAGUGUUGGCGAUCACCAACAACAACAACAACAAACACUUGAACAACAACAAUCUUCUUCUAGCUUGUCAACAUCUGCAACCAAUGCACAGCCAAUUAAAUUCCAAAUGAAAAGUAAUAGUACAACGAUAUCGGCGGCACCUGUAAUUAACAAAUCGGCCUUGGCCAGUAAAUUGGAAGCAAAUGAACAACAACAAUUCAUUCAUCAACAACUUCAACAAACCAUCAACAACCAAACAAAAAACGAACUGAUCCAAGAACGUGGCGGCAACAACAGUGACAAGAUCAUUUGUCAACUGUGUGAUCGAAUGUUUCCCAACUAUGACUCUUUGUUUAAACAUGAGAAAAUGUCAAAGCUUCAUCUUUCAAAUCUUGAAAAACAACAACAAAAUAAUUUAAACAACAACAACAACGUUCACCAACAUAAUGGAUUAGAAAAUCAUCAUCAACAACCACAAAUAGAAAAGAAAAGAAAAGACCAACCAAAUCCAUUUAGUACAAAUAGUGUUGGAUUUAAAUUAUUAAAAAAAAGUGGUUGGGAUGGAGGUUCAUCUGCUACUUCAGAAAAUAAUAAUCACACCAAUAAUAAUAAUCAUUUAUCAAACAACUCUAACCAAAAUAAUAAUAAUAAUAAUAAUAAUAAUGAUAGUUAUGGUGGAGGUAGUAAACAACUUGGACAAGCAAUCAAUGUAAUGGUCAGACCAUCAGGUGCAGGACUUGGUUCAAUCAAGGAACAAUCCAGCAUCGAUCCGAAAUUCCAAAUUCUCCCAUCAGACGAUUACCAAACAAUUGUAAAGAAACGUGCACUUCAAAGAUUCCAUGAGAGUGGUGGUUCAACUCUUGACGAAUCUUCAAAUCCAUUCUUCCGUAGUAGUAAAAGAUAA